AAUCAAACUGAUGAGCCGAAACAACUCUCGAGAAGAUUAAGUCUUCUCGGCAGUUCGAGUGUAAUGUAGUAGUGACUGGCUGCAUUGUAGAACGUUCAUGUCUUGCGUUUGAUGUUUUUUUAUUUAGAAAAUGUAUUAUAUUGUAUCUCUAUAUAUUCAUCUAUUCUAGCUCCUGCAAACAUUAUUUUCUGUAUGCGCCUUAACGUUACUUCCUGUGUGCUCUAAGCCCCCGGAUAUCCCCUAUCGAUCGCAUUGAGAGCUUAAUCUACUUGUUGUAACUGGGGGGAUGCAAACUUAUUGAUACGUAACGAUUAUCACGAUGUAUAAAGACAUGUGAAACAGUUCUCCGAGAUUUCCUAACAUUGUUUCGAACAUGCCUGUUGUCAGAGAAGCUGCGGUCGUGGGUCUUGCUCUUGCAGUAACCGGAGGAGUUGCGUAUGUCAUCUGGACCUAUGCGUCUUCGGGGGAAAAGCCAAAGCAAGAACCAGAGAAAAUAGGAAAGCAGACUAGGAAAAAAACUGCACAAAAAGCACCAGAACCCGCACAGCAAACACCAACAAUCGUAACAGAGACAAAGGCCACGGGAAAGCAAGUCCUGGUGCUUGGCCUCGAAGGGGCAGGGAAGACCAGCUUGCUUCACUGCUUUGCCUCGGGGAGUCUGGAGCAGGAUGUGACCCCAACACAGGGGUUCAAUGCCGUCUCCAUCAAUAGAGAGGACCUGCAGAUUGAGUUCCUAGAAAUUGGUGGCACAGAGAAUCUGCAGCCCUAUUGGAAGAGGUACAUGUGCAAGGCUAUGGUGCUCGUAUUUGUGGUGGACUCUUCCAACGCCGCCCAGUUCCCUUUGGCUAAGAAGCAUCUCCACGAGCUGCUCGAAACCGACCUCUACCUUCCCUUAGUGGUACUAGCCAACAAGCAGGAUAACCAGGGGGCCUGCAGUAUCACAACACUCCAUGAAGCCCUGUCCCUGGAGGAGGUGGGGGACCAGCGCAAGCUCUUCCUCAUCGGCACCCAUGUAAGGAAGUGGGACACAGAGGUGAAUUCUGCUGUGCAGGACGCACGGGACCUGAUCAUUCAAAUGGUGCAGGAUGGUAGAUAGACUCACCAUCUAGUCAUCAGCUAUGAAUGUCCCACUGGCUGAGAGGUGAUAGGUUAGUUUAGUUUCAUCCUGCCCUGGCUUGCCUUCAUUUGUUGUUGAUAGCACUAGCUACAAUCUCUACUGACAGACUGCAUGAUAGUGAAAGGCCUCAUUCACAUCCAAAGAAGCCAUAAGCUGACAAGGUUCUUAUGGUCAAACUCAUUCACUGGUAAUUGUAUUAGCACAAAUGAACAAUAGCACAGAGUUUUAUCAUUUACUUGCCUCUGUAGUUUUUCACUUCCAGACACAAUAAUUCAAGGAUGGUCUCAACAUCCUUACCUAUAGGGAUUGAAUUGAUAAUGCUUUGUUGUUAUCAAAUAUUAUUCUCGUAGAGUUAUGCACAACUUGCAGAGCAUAAUGCAGGUUCAUUUUAGACAAAUGGCUGUUAGGUAGUAUGUUGAAGACCCUUUUGUUGUACAUAGGAUUAUUUUUGUUUAUAUUGCAUAGGAACGUGAUGUAUUGACUAUAUUGUCUUAAAGGGACCUUGCUACAUAGUUAUAUUUUCUUAAAACCGAUUGUGAUAUUUAAUUAAACAAAGCAAACUGAACAAUUCCAAAGUAUCAUUUUUCACUUGUGUCUGGGCAUUUGGCUAACAAUGUUUUGCCUUGGAGUAGGUUGAAGCGUUUACAUGCACUAAGGAAUACAUCUACAUGUGAGCACAACAUGUGCUACUCAUUUUCAUGUUCAUCACUUGUAAAACUACCGGUAUAAUCUUGAGUAAUAAGCCGGUAUGAAGUGCACUACAGAAUUUCAAAAACCAAUGGAACAAUUAUUUGUAUGGCAUGACUAUAACAGACCUCCAAACUGUUUCUGUCAUUUAUGCAUAAAAUACCAAAUUUUUCCCCCACUCUUUUUUCUGUUUUGUUUCAUCUGGUGAUGUAAAUAAAAACCUGGUUAUAAAUA